CCUGCUUCACGUUCACGACGAUAAAUUAGAUGGAAGAAUCUAACCACGCCACCUUUCAUGCAGUACUGAAAGACAGUUAAGAGACUGCAAAAGGCUUUCCAUAUGUUCAGAGGUAGCCUAUUUACACAAGCUUGGUUAGAGGAGGAAACUACAAUAUGAAGUAACGAUUCCGUCUCAAACCACUAGAUGUCAACAAGAGUACGGGGUUCUAGCAUUUUCUAUUUUAUGCUGAGAUAAAUUGUGAUACCGAUGGCCUUUGGUCUGUGGAAGCUUUUAUAAUUGGUCAGAGUAACAUCCCUUUAAAAAAUAACUAUAUGGGACAAAAAAAUUGCAAUUAUUGCAUGUCAGCAAUUAAGUGUAAUAGGCCUAAGUUUCAAUGCAAUGUAGCCUACUGUUUUUUAAUGUCCAUAUUGCAUUUCCUAUAUGAACUGCAAUAAUUCCUCAAAGACUUCCGUUUUGACACUUUAAAUAGUGCAAUUAUUUUUUGCAAGGGACUGCAUGCUGGAAUGUUUUUGAGUUAUACACUGUAGGCCUAAACAUUUUAAAAUGCUUAUACGCGCUCCACUGGAAUGAAACGUGUGGAAUGAAUGUCACUCCGUGGGAGUCGAAGGUAGACGGGUUGCCAUUGGUUGGUAAAACUUUGGGGCUGUCUCAUUGGCCUGAGACAAGCCUCACUAAUGAUGCUGUUGAAGAGCCUCGAAAGAGAGGCAAAAGAAUGUCCACAUACGGCACGGUGGCUCCGGUGGAAUGCCGUAGCAGACCCCGCGGAUAGCCCACAUCACAUUUCUAUUUAGAUUGGAUGCAACAUUGGAUGCAACUGUCAUGGAUGGAUCUACAUGAGUCAAGGGGUUAUGUCGCCCCCGUGAAAGAGAAAAACGUAUGACUACAUCAGUACACCUGGAUUAAUUUGAUGACGACAGCGCGUGAGUUAACUAUUUGAUUAAUAACUCUGCAGUAGUGCCCGGCAAUAACGAAAUAGGCUAUAGCUGAACAGGCUGUUUCAUCUUUCCGUUCAAAGGAGUUUGCGUACGUUGCUUACUGGUAUUUGAAUAGUUGAGCUAUUUGGGUGAGCUUGUGCACAUUCCUGUAGGCUAAAUGAAAAGACAGUGUAUAGAUACACCUCAGUAGCCUACUUAAAACAAUCUCCCAAAACAAACUGGUAGCCUACUCUACGUUAACCUAAGUUUUUACACUUGUUGCGCCUGAGCGUGGGAAAGAUGCUGCGCGCACACUUGAUGGCACUUGGCCUCUUGCUGUGCCCGUUAGGUCUCGCGCUGGGGUGCCAGCUGCCGACCGAAUGGCGGCCGCUUAGCGAGGGCUGUCGCGCAGAGUUGGCAGAAAUCAUUGUGUAUGCCAAAGUGCUUGCUAUCCACGAGGAGCCGUAUGCCUCGAGCCUCUUCAACUAUUUGCCGUACCAGUUUGAGGAGGAGCGCGUCGGCGAGGGGCUGCUCUAUGCGGCGGAAGUGGAGAUGCUCUGUGAUCAGGCAUGGGGCAGCAUGCUCGAAGUGCCCGCGGGCUCCCGACUGAACCUCACGGGGCUCGGUUACUUCUCUUGCCAGUCGCACACCGUGAUGGAGAACGAGUCCUAUAUCUUCUUCUUGAGGAUGGAUGAAAACUACAACCUCCUUCCUCACGGAGUCAACUUUCAGGACGCCAUAUUCCCGGACACUCCGGAGAACCGGCGGACGUUCUCCAGCCUCUUCCAGUUCUCCAACUGCACCCACGGGCACCCCAUGCAAAGCUAUAGCCCUGCUUGGGAAAGCCAGGAGGACAGCCGGCUGCUGUGUUCGUCGGUGCAGCAGGUGCUGUUCGAGGAGGAGGAGCGCGUGCGUGUGCUGACCGAGCGCACGGCCGAGCUGGAGCGUCGCAACCGGCAGCUGAAGGAGCGCGUGCGCAAGCUCAAGCGCUCGAUGCGGCGGGCGCGCAAGACGGCGCGGCAGGCGGAGCUGAAGGCCACGAGGCGCUUGCGCGAAAGGCUGAGCUGGCCCGCGACGAGGAGGGCUGGACACCACCUGAACGCCAUCUCGCCGCACCACGCCGCGCCGCAGAAACCCAAGCAGACCACCCCGCGGCGCUCCAGCUACAUACAGGGACUGUGAGGAGAUGGAGGCACACACACACACACACACACACACACACACACACACACACACACACACACACACCCACACCAUCAGUGAUUCACCUGGACUGUGAGGAGACAUGAGGACACAAUUCACUUAGUAGGUCUAUCUCACACUACACACACACACACACAAUGUUACACUACCUACAUCCGAGGUCACACAGGUUUACACACACGAUCUCAACAUACUCUCUCACCUCAACAUACCACCCACACAUAGGUAUACCACACCUAUUGCAUUCACCACACAGAGACUUAAAGGAUUGAUUCUCCCAGACACUGACUUGACACCAUCUCACCCAAACCACACACACACACACCACACACACACACACCCACACACACACACACACACACACACACACACACACACACACACACACACACACACACACACACACACACACACACACACACACACAUUGAGAUUGUUAAUAGCCAAUAAGACUGCUGGGCAGUCUCUGGAUGUCUAUUGGUCUGUAUUCAUGCUAUAUCUAACUCCUUCUCCUCUCUUGUUCCAUAACUAAUUCUCUUUCCUCUCUCAUUCUACAUCUUUCUCUCUUCCUCCAUUCAUCUGUGAAUCUCUUUACUCUCUUGUUUCCACUGCUUUACUUCCUUCUCUUUCAUCGGGUUCUCGUGUUUCACCAUGUCCAUCUGUAGAUUGUAGAGAAAUGCAUCCAUUCAUAUCCGUAUGCUGCAUCGCUUGGGCAUUUACCACAUGCAUAUUGACACACACAUAGACAUGGUGUCUAUCACUCUCUCAUAUCCUUUUACACUAUACACACACACACACUUGCACAAGCGUGCAAAUGCACACACAUACACAUACAUAACACUUAUCCUUACACAUAAUGUUCAGACACACACACACACACAAUGCUAAAAGACAUUGAAAAGCACCAGAGGAACUUUCUUUGUUCCCCAGUCUAGAACUGGAGGGAACUUAAUUCCAUUGUCAUGACUGAAUGAGUAAAUGACUGAGUGAAUUUUGGAUGUUUGAAACGAAUAAUGUGUGAAAGAGGACGAUUCAUUUGUUCAUAGAUUAAUGAUGUGCUGUUGUUUUUAUACCUGUAUAUGAUUCUGUACUUAGCGGCAUAUAAAGUGUUAAUAAAUACCACUGUCAUCUUU